GCCUCACCCCCGCCCUCCCGGGAAGAACCGCAGAGCCCAGGCCUGUUUGGGUGAGAGGCUGUUACAUAAGCCGUCUGUGGGAGACGAGGUUGCCGCUGGGCCUGGCUCCCCUCCCCGCCCCCCCCCCCACAUCACGAGCCUCCGGCCCUGGGUGGAGGCCAAGCCUGGCCCAUAAAUAGGGGUCUCCUCGGCACCGGCUGCUCCUCCGGCUCCGCGGCUUCCGUGGGUGUCCCGCAGCCCCAAACCCAAGCCCAGGACGCCGGCUCUGCGUGGAGAGGAUGGCCGCUCAGGGCGUGCUGUGGGUGGGCCUGCUUCUCCUGGGGGUCUCGGGGGUCCCGCAGACCCAGGCCAAGGACCAGGACACCCUGCAGCCCUAUUUCCAGCCGGACAAGUUCCUGGGGCCCUGGUACAGCGUGGGCCUGGCUUCCAACGCCAGCUGGUUCCUGGAGAAGAAGAACGUGAUGUCCAUGUGCAAGACCACGGUGGCCCCCUCCGCAGACGGCAGCCUGAACCUCACCUCCACCUUCCUCCGGAAGAACCAGUGUGAGACCCGGGCCAUGCAGCUGCAGCCCACCGAGCGCCCGGGCCGGUACAACUACCACAGUCCCCACUGGGGCAGCAUCCACUCCGUGUCCGUGGUGGAGACCAACUACGACGAGUACGCCGUGCUGUACACCCAGGGCACCCAGGGCCCCCACCAGGACUUCCGCAUGGCCAGCCUCUACAGCCGCACCAAGACCCUAAAGGACAAGCUGAAGGAGGACUUUGCUGCCUUUUGCAAGUCCCAGGGCUUCACAGAGGACAGCAUUGUCUUCCUGCCCGAGCCCGCAGAUAAGUGCAUCAAUGAGCCCGAGUAGGAGCUGCACAGGGCCAGCUCCGCUAGGUGACCCGGUCAUCAGGACUCUGCCGCUCCGCCCCUCCCUCCAGACCCCAGGCCCCCGGUGCCUCCGCCCCUGCAGCUGUGACCCUGGCUCUGAGGAAUAAACUUUGAAGCAAGUCA